AUGCUCCCAAUCACCCUCUGGUCCCACGCCAUCGGCCCCAACCCAUGGAAGGUCGCGGCAAUCCUCGAAGAGCUCGAGAUCCCGUACAAUACCAAGAUGAUCAAUUUCGCCGCUGCAAAAGAAGAGCCCUUCCUCUCCAUCAACCCCAACGGCCGUCUCCCGGCAAUCGAAGACCCAAACACGGGCAUCACGCUCUGGGAAUCCGGCGCAAUUGUCGAGUAUCUCAUCUCGCAGUACGACAAAUCACAUAAACUCAGCUACGACGACCUGAAGCCUUCCGUCCUUUGCCGACAGUGGCUCUUCUUCCAGGUCUCCGGCCAGGCACCGUAUUUCGGACAGGCCGCGUGGUUUACCAGAGCGCAUCCCGAGAAACUGGAUAGUGUCAUCCAGCGAUUCUGCAAAGAGGUUGUGAGGGUUACUGGUGUUUUGGAGAAGGCGUUGCAGGAUAACGGGGGUCAGUGGCUUGUUGGGGAUAAAUGUACCUAUGCGGAUCUGAGCUUUGUGCCGUGGCAGCAGAAGGCGCGUACCUUUGGUGGGGAGGAUUUGUAUCAAAGGUAUCCUCUUGUUGGGGCUUGGAUGGAGAGGAUGGAGAGACGGCCUUCUGUUGUGAAGGUGAGUAAGGACCAAGAGGAGGCAGUUGUGGCGGCUGGGGGGAGGGUUUAG